GCCCCCACUCGGCCAGCGCGCGCAACACAUGAACACGCGCCCUCUGACCGCCCCUGUCCCGUUCCUCGUAUCAUCGCCACCAACGCCUAGACUUGUCCGCGCUUUCCGUUUCCGUCCCGUGUCUGUACUUACACCCGUCUCCCCAUCUGUGUCUUUAUCCCGUCUGUCUGUCGUCUGCCGUCUGCCGUCUUGCUUACCCGCUUGCUUACUCACUACCAUCACUACUGCCAUUUGCUGUCCAUCGUCUUUUGCGUCUCCGUGCCCGCCGCCUGUCCGUCCGUCCGUCUGUUUUUUUUCCCCGCCUCGCAUCGCUCCGUUCUCCGGCUUUCACCCUUGUCGCCAUCGCCAUUUUCUUCAUGUCGUCGUAUUCAACGCCCGCGUUCACGUCCACGCCAAACCUGCUGUAUCAUCUCUCUCUCCCUCGUCUCUCUCUUUACCUCUCACCUCCCGAGCACGUGUCCCACCACCCACGCGCCGACUCGCACACAUAAACACAUCACACAUGACUGUACGUAUAUAAAGUAUACAACGUAGUUUGGUGCUGCUUGCAUGCUUGCAUAUAUAUAUAUACCACGACACUGCGCGACUCUCGGGAAACAAAAACGGAGCGGGAGCGGAUGGUCAUGGGGAUGCUGGUUUCGGGCGUCUUGGGUCGGCCGAGUCGAGCUCGGGACGCGGGACGCGAGACGCGAGGCGCGAUCUGGUGGUGGUGAUGCUGGCGGUGAUCAUGGCGGUGGACAGUGGCGGUGGCCAGUGGCGAUGGCCAGAGGUGGUGGCGCGACGGAGAUGAUGU